AUGCAUGCCAUUGACCGCUGCAAACUACAGGCAAGUUUGCGCGUUCCGGGCAUCUACACUGCAGCUGCGAACAAAACGGGCAGCGAUUCUUCUCUUCAUGUGAUCAAAAAUGUCCCCGGCUACAAAACUCCAGUCUUCCCCGCAAAGGAAGAGCAACGCCUCAAGGUAUAUGAAAACGUCACUCAAAAGGGAUUCCUCCCAAAGGAGUUUGUGCGUCCAGAAGUAGAUUGGUUCUAUGACGGCCUCGGCAUCGAGGAAAAUUACUUUGCAAACGAGUCCAUUGACGUCAUUACGGACCAUAUCAUUGCACUCUUUGCCGCAAAGACACUUGCGUACACCAAACAUUCCAACCAGCUCUUAAUCGAUCUCGAAAAAGUGACCGAAAAUGGUGCCCUCUUCAUCCACACAAGCCCCCCUGGUGUCACGAGUGAAGAGGGACCCGGCGCAACCUGCGAAACUCGAAUCGAUGACCUCUUCCUCGAUAUUUCGACGCCUCAAAAGGCCUUCCGCCUCGAAACGUAUCGCUCUGCUGGUGUGACAGCCGGCAACUCGCAGUCCCUGCGCUGCUACUUUGUCUCGCAAUGCAACUUCCCCUCUAUUCCUCCAGACUCGUUUCAGCCCGAGAAUACGUCCACGGGCACCGUCGACAUCCGCACCGUAUCCGACCCUCACUUCCUCGAAAAGGCGUCAGAAAACACCCUCGAGAUUUAUCAGUCGAUCAUGAACCACGUUCUUCAGCGACGUGGCUUUGGCCCUGUCCUCGAGUUCUACGAAGUCGAAGGUACGAGGGAGAGGCGAGUCGUCAUUGGCUACAAGAUGGGCUCGACCAAGCACUUCUUCAGCGCGCUUAGUCAGCUUUACCACUGGUAUGGGCUCUACUCAAAGAGGAAAUACGUCGAGCAAUUUGCCAAUGGCGUUACGAUCAUCUCUCUCUAUCUCAACCCUCUUCCUGGAGCAAACGCACCUCCGAUUGAGCACUCAAUUCAUCAGGUCACCAAGGAAGCAUCUCUCCUUCAUUGCCUACCAGACAACCCCUUCUUCCGCACCACUACUUCCGGUGAUCGUCCAGGCGGAAUUCCGACUACUCAUGCCGUACAAGAGGCGACAUAUGCUUACGCCGGAUGGAUUUUCGCGCAGCACUUCUGUAACCGACUCGGUCCCGCAUACUCUGCUCUCCGCAAUGUUCUUGACGAAGCCAACCCUGGUCACGCAGAGGUUCUCAAUCAGAUCAAGAAGCGUUUCAGAGAAGAGACGUUUACGCGUCAAGGCAUUUCCGAGGCUAUUCUCGCGUACCCGGAGCUCAUUCGUAUGCUCUACGUCAACUUUGCAAUGACGCACUACCCGAAUGAUUCGGAGGCGACCAAACUCAUGCCCACACUGUCGUACCAGCGACUCAAGACUGAGCAACCUCUCUCUGUCCCCGAGUUGCAGGAGAAGAUUCGUAAGACUGUCGCGAACAAGCACGACUUGCAAGUCUUCGAGGCGCUCCUCACAUUCAACCAGCACGUUCUCAAGACCAAUUUCUACCAGCCCACCAAGGUUGCCAUCUCGUUCCGCUUGGAUGGAAACUUUUUGCCAGACAUCGAGUACCCAACGAAGCCUUUUGGUGUCUUCAUUGUCGUCGGCUCCGACUUCCGUGGAUUCCAUGUCCGCUUCAGGGACGUCGCUCGUGGUGGCAUCCGUAUCGUUCGCUCGAGGGGACGAGAGAACUAUUCCAUCAAUCAGCGUACGCUCUUUGAUGAAAACUAUGCGCUCGCAAGCACACAGGCACUCAAGAACAAGGACAUUCCCGAAGGAGGUGCGAAAGGAACAAUUCUUCCAUCUCUGGGUGCCGAUCCUCGUGCAUGCUUUGAGCGAUACGUCGAUGCCAUCAUAGAUCUUCUCCUCCCAGGAACAACCCCCGGUAUUAAAGAGCUACUGGUCGACAAGUACGGCAAACCGGAGAUUCUCUUCUUCGGCCCAGACGAGGGCACUGCAGACAUGAUGGACUGGGCGGCUUUGCACGCUCGCUCACGUGGAGCACCUUGGUGGAAGUCAUUCACCACUGGCAAGAGCGCAGAGAAACUGGGUGGUGUCCCGCACGAUACAUAUGGCAUGACCUCGCUCUCCGUCCGCCAAUACGUCGUUGGGUCGUAUCAGAAGCUUAGCCUUACCGAGUCAGAGAUUACUAAAGUACAAACCGGAGGACCCGACGGUGAUUUGGGCUCGAAUGAGAUUCUGCUCAGCUCGGAGAAGUACGUCGCCAUCAUCGACGGUUCAGGUGUUCUCGCGGAUCCCAAUGGCCUUGAUCGCGACGAACUCGUUCGCUUGGCAAAGGGCAGGAAGAUGAUUGUCAACUUUGAUCGCUCCAAGCUCAGCAAAGAUGGCUAUGUUGUACUCGUCGAGGACAAGGACCUCAAACUCCCCUCUGGUGAGAUCGUAGCAGAUGGUACCGACUUCCGCAACACGGCACACUUCCGCUACCAUGCAGACCUCUUCGUCCCAUGCGGUGGCCGUCCAGAGGCCGUCAAUAUCUCCAAUGUUGCCGAGUUGUUCGACGAGGACGGCAAAUGUCACUACAAGUAUAUCAUCGAGGGUGCAAAUCUGUUCCUUACGCAACAAGCGAGACUGUAUCUCGAGAAGAGGGGUAUCGUCGUCUUCAAGGAUGCCAGUGCCAACAAGGGUGGCGUGACUUCGUCAUCCCUCGAAGUGCUUGCUGGUCUCGGUCUCAGCGACCAAGAGUAUCUCGACCUCAUGGUGUUCAAGAACGGAAAGCCUUCCUCUUUCUAUAGGGAUUACGUCAAGGAGAUCCAGGGCAAGAUUGUCGAAAACGCCGCGAUGGAGUUUUCGUGCAUCUGGCAAGAGUAUACUCGAGCAGGAGGUGCCAAGCCACGCACGCUCAUCUCGGACGAACUCUCGAGCACGCUUAACAACUUGCAAGCCGAGUUGGAAAACUCUGACUUGUUUGACGACGUCGCGAGUCGUCGAGGUGUGCUUAGCCGCGCUAUUCCCCAGACACUCGUCAAGCAAGUUGGGUUGGACACGCUAAUGAAGCGUCUGCCGGAGCCGUAUCAGCGCGCCUUGUUCUCGAGCUGGGUGGCUGCUCAUUUCAUUUACCAAUAUGGCGUCGCCGGAAGCAACGUCGAUUUCUUCAACUUUGCACGCACGCUCGCUCAGUAG